AUGUUUAUCCAAUUGGAAGCAUUCUGUGUUCAACCUUUAACUGGACGCGAAUUUUGUGCUGGGAGGCCUCUCGUGUGCACGCAACCUAGCAGGUGGCAAUUGCAGGCGUUUUCGCGGCGGCAGCUUUCGGUGCGAACCGGGAGCACGCUCCGAAUGAGCAGUGCGGGGGGUACGGUGGCGGCUGACAUUGACUAUCGUAGCGUUCCAGAUGUUCUCAAAGAAAUACUACGGCGAAAACAGCAGGAAGUUGCCAGUCUGAAGGCUGAGGUCGCCCAGGCAGGUGCUGAGCACCCGCUGCAGCGUCGCCUCGAUGCAGCCGCGGCUGGUCAGAUUCCAAAGUCACGUCAGUUUAGCAGCGCAAUUCGUAAACCGAAAGGAAGCAUCUCUGUUAUUGCGGAGAUUAAGCGACGGUCACCGAGCUCUGGUUUAAUUGCCGAAAUCCCGGACGUGCGACAGCUCAGUGACCUGUACUACAACGGAGGCGCAGCCGCAAUCUCGGUACUAACAGAUGCUGCCUUCGAUGGAACACUGGAUGAUCUGCAAACCGUGGUGAAGCAUCAACAAAAAUUUCGAGGAAGAUAUCCCGGUCCUUGUCCGGUCCUCCGCAAGGACUUUAUCAUUGAUGAAAUCCAAAUCGCUGAAGCUGCAGAGCGAGGUGCAGCAGCAGUGCUUUUGAUUGUUGCUGCAAUUGGGGAAGCAGGGCUGCGCAAACUGCUUGAGGCAACACAUCGGCACGGUCUUGAAGCACUCGUAGAGAUUCAUGACGAAGAAGAGCUGGAGAUCGCAAAGGCUGCCGGUGCAGAGAUCAUCGGCACUAACGCACGCGACCUGCGCACUUUCAACGUCGACCUCAACCGUUGUUUCGAGCUCAUCGGCCGGUAUCCCCCGAAUGUGAUUCCAGUGGCGGAAAGCGGUAUCCACGAUGUGAUGGAUGCUUGGCGUUUGCGGGACGCUGGCUACUCGUCGAUUCUAGUUGGUGAGGCACUCAUUCGCGCCGCAGAAUCCUCGAAACUACCGAGUAAUGCUUACCAAUCGAGCUUUAACGAAGCGUAUGGAUUGUUGAGAGCCUUUACGUCAAAAGGAAGCACCAAGUUUGGGCCAAUUAGCACCACGAGAAUUUUCGGGAAAGGUGAAGGAGCAAAAGAGUCGCUUGGGUAUUUGGAGAUGUAA